CAUAGAGAGAUCUCAGCCGUUCGAACUACAGUCCUCUCCCUGUCGCGGUGUCGCCGUCCGGCGGUUACCCUCCUCCCCUGCCGCCGCCGGUCCGGCUGCUUCCGAACCCUCGUUGGAUCCCAUUUGCAGAUCUCGCGAGUUUUCGACCUCCGAUUAGCCGCUGAUGACCCCUGGUGCUACUGCCGAGCGAUCCAUGACUCCGUGCUGAUGCCAGCUUGGAUUGUUUUUUGGCGUGCUGAUACCAUGAAGAAGCACCAAGCACAGGGGAUUUCCGCCGGCGGCGUGUACAGGUACACGCAUCGCCGCGAGGGAGGAGCUGAUAUCCACGACGUCUUCGUCGAGAAGAGCGCGUCCCGUUUGCUGUUCUCUUAUAUCGGCGCGAUGCUCCUUCUCGCCAAUGUUUGUUAUGCCUUGUUGAAACAGGAGAGUUUAUGCCUCAGUUCCUUUUGGUGUGUUCCAUUUUCUGCUAUUGUUGCUAAAUCCUUGCAGUACAAGCCUGUGAAGAAAGAGUCAUUGAUGAUCAUGCCAGGUUUUGGGGUUCAGCUAGAACAGCACUUUUGGAGUGGAAGAGUUCAUCGCCAAUUUGUGCCCAUCGGCAAGAUCCUAAAGCCAGUGCUGAAUGAGUGCGUGACCCCUGUUACAUGUUACUGGAGCUUAGCAUUGCUCGUACGCAAUGAAGACAAGAUCACACUUGUUUUUAAGAAAUUGCAUCCCCCAGUCAAAAUGUUGGUCCCAAUCUGGAAAGCUCUAUGUGCAUUCACAAGCUCUGACAGCAUUACUAGCCCUUCCUAAGUUCCUCGGCCAAACGGUUCGCACCAACUUGUUGAGUAAGAUGGUGAUAGCCCAUGGAAACUAGACGGUGCUUGCUGAAGACUUUGCUGACGUUCAGUUUUUGCCACAACUGGCUGAAGAACAAAUUAUAUAAAGUGGCAGAAUGUUACCGGUGGCUCCGAGCCUCUGAUUGUUCAGUAGACCAGGCUGAAUUAUUCUCUGUUUAUCUGUCGGAACUGAAUGAUCCACUUGUAACCUUGGCCAUGCCCCAUGUGUAUUUCUGUCCGCUCAUCAAGAUACACAACAGAAUGUACCGUAUAGUUUCUUCACCUCCAUCCUCUGUUAACUGCAAAGUCAUUCAUCUGGUCACUGGAGGGUACAUCUUCUGCUGAUAAAUGAAAUCUUGGCUAGUACUUGUAUGCAA